AACAAACCACUACAUCUGUCAUACUGUCAAACAAAUGAAAUGGUUCCUCAGAGAGAGCGAAAGAGAGGUGGACUGAGAGAGAGGGAUGAAUUGAGAACGACAGAGAGAUAUGGGUGGAGAUACAGAGACUGAAAACAAAGUGAGGGGAUUAAGAAAGAGAGCCAGAGAGAGAGAAAAUAUUGAGAGAAAACCGAGAGGAAGGUUCAUAUAGUGGGUGUGUGCAGAUAAGAGCAGAAAAUACUCAAGUGGUAAAAGAAACGGCGUGAUCAGAGUGGAGGAGAGAGUCCUAUAUCAGCCAGGCAACGGUAACCGUGUCUGCUGGAAAUUGGCUCCUCCUGAUGCGCUGCGUCUGUUAGGAUCUCAGUCGGCAGCCGCCGAGCCGCGCGGGAUGAGCUUCAGCUGCCAGCCACUCCGGAGAGGGGGAUGAGGAGCGAUCGUGCCGCAGCGCCACAGCUCCAGGUCCACAGCCUUUUGCGUUGAGGAUCAGGCAGGGGUAGGGAACACUGCCUGGAGACACCGCUGUGGCGUCCUGCGAGAAACGCCUGCGUCAGCCGGCCACUGCUUUGCCCCGGCGUCUGAGAUAGGACCAGGAAGUGCGAGCACAUUUGGGAUCCUGCCAACCCCAGAGACGUUUUGUACGCGACGAGGCAGGACCGGGAAGGAAGCACUUCUAGCUGUCGCUCGGCCAAGUGACCCGACCGUGAAAAGCCUGAAAGGAGAGACGCUCUGAUGGCUUUGGAGUGACUUGCCCUUCUGUGCGUGUGGUGGGACUCUGCGUAUCAAACCACUGACUGGAAGAGGGAUGCCUUGAUUCACUGGAUCCUCUGUUUGGAUGCUGUGGACACGAUUCGUGUCUGGUGGGAUCUGAGGAGGACAUUGUAUAUGCAUUGCUAAUUCCUGAAUUAACCUUUCAGACUCCAAGAAUAAGCUGAAAACAGGCCAGGCUUAUCAGUCUCCCUCUGUCAGCUCAUCACGACUACAGCCCAUUUCUAAAGGAGGAAUUUGAUUAACCUUUCUGGAAGUGUUUUUUAUACCUACUGUAGAGGACCAGCCAAUGGUUAUUGACUUGGCUGCUUGCUUUUCAUUUCAUUGUUUCGGUCUGGUUUUCUAUUUUUAUUCCUUCAUGCUUUUAUGUCCUCCUGUCUUUUCAACGUCACCAUCUAUUUCAUAACUUUUUCUGCAUGCAGAACUGUUUGGAAUUGAGUGAUUAUGUUAAGGCUAACUAAGAGAUGUGUGCUGACAAUUGAAGAUGUAAAUGUAUGGAAAUCACAGUUUGAAGGAAACAGUAGAAGGCUGAUAGCCCUUCAGUCACUGCUUUAAGGGCACCAUCAGAAGAGGACAGAGAACAAAUAAGGAACAUAAAGUUGAUCAUUUCACAGGUAAACCAUCAACCAUUUGACAUCUGUCACAUCGGGGUGUCCUACCUGACGGCCAGAGAGACACGACUGCCCACAAUCUUUUAACUGGAAAAAAUGCCAGCUCCUAGAGUAUUUCACAGAGUAUGUACUGGAGUAAGGGGCAGAGCGGCAGAGGCAGGAGGUAUUUUCUGUGGAUGUUGUCAGUUUGGAGAAACACCGUCUCAAUCAAUUAGACAGACAGACAGGCAUUCAGGCAGGCAGACCGAAAAGACAGACCGACAGAGAGACAGACGGAUUGUCAAUAGUGUCAGUGAGUGUCAGUGAGUGUGUAGGCGUGAGCUAAUGAUUCUUCCCAGGAGAAAUACACUGAAUUGGGCAAACAGUGUUCACAGAGCACUGCACUCCCUCUGACCGAGCACUGCACUCCUUCUGACAGAGCACUGCAAUCCCUCUCUGGGGAGAAGCUGUCUGUUCUCGUCUUGGAUGACGGAGGCCCAUCAUUGAGGAAAUUCACCGGGAAGUAUCUGGAAGUGUAUGCAAAGUAGUAGCAUUUCUUACAUAUGCAUUGGUUUAUUAUUUAUUCUACGCCUUUUUUGUUUACUACCCAGAGGGCUCAGUGAAACAGAAGGAAAUAUCACUGCUGUGGCGGAAAAACCUUCCCUGAGGAGGCCAAUGAGAUGGAGGCAAGAUGUUUUUAUGCGAGUUGUCACUGUAAAAUAUUUUAUCAAAUGAAAUGAAAAUAGAACAUUCCAUUCCAUUUCAAGUUAUACAUUUAUAAUGAUGUGAUUUUUCAAAGGAUGUAUUUCCAUGCCUUUACUGAAACGCAACUACACAUGUGAACUCCAGUUCACUCCAACGUCUUAGAACAGAAGCUGCUAUCAGGGACAACAAAAACAAAGAAGCUUACUUAAGGGAAAGACUAACACACUGGUAAAAGUAAAAAAAUAAAGCUUUCUUAAGUGCCUUUGUUUGUGACCUGAUUAGUAACCCAUCAGAUGCAUGGGAGAAGUAUGUUCUAUGGAUCAACAAUGCAUCUCCUUCCCUGAGAGAAAUCUUCACCAGCAAGACAUAGUUAGACACUGAAAACUGUAAAGACAGGCUGGAAUCAGGACCAGACCAGAAUCAGGAUCAGAACCAGAAUAAAGACCAAAAUCCGGAUCAGAAACAGAAUCAGGACCAGAACAAAGACUAGGACCAGAAUCCAGACCAGAAUCAGGACCAGAACAAAGACUAGGACCAGAACGGUGGGAAGAUCAGGAUGGGGUGCAACAUGUGUGUGGUAAACCGUCCUGAGGAGCAGUAUCGAAUCAUGUUCCAGAAAGGGUACCUAAAUGGGUCCCUGCGACCUAUCGACGGAAAUGGCAACAAGGUCAAAGGAAGAAGAUCAUCCCAAUUACCCCAGGCACUCAACACUCAAAACGCUCCAAACUCCAACUCCCAGGAUCCUUUGCUGCUCCAGGGGGUUGGGCGUAAAGGUCACCGGAGGAAAGGCGACGCCCUGGGGCCAGGGAGCACUCUGGGUAUUGCAGGCACGGUGAGCCUGGUGCCCAUCCCAGACUGUGUGGAUAAUUGCACUCAGACGGACAUUAGCUUCCAGAACAUUUUGACCCUCGGGAGGUCCCGCCAUCACCCACAGGGGAGCCCCUCGCCUCCUCACCCCCCCUCUCCUCCUCACCCCCCCUCGCCUCCACUGCCUCAUCUGAUGGACCAUUAUGGGCUGAAUGAGUUCAUCACCUUCAACCACGACUACAACGACCCUAACGACUACUUUGACGUCGCUCACCAUGAGGUGGACAGGCAAGAGGAGCUGGAGUAUGAGGAGGUGGAGCUGUAUAAGUCCAGUCAACAAGACAAGUUGGGUUUGACAGUGUGCUAUCGUACUGAUGAUGAGGAGGACCGGGGAAUCUAUGUAGGAGAGGUCAAUCCUGAUGGUAUAGCAGCAAAGAAUGGACGUAUUCGCCAAGGAGACCGAAUUCUGCAGAUAAAUGGUGUUGACAUCCAGAACCAAGAGGAGGCUGUAGCUGUUCUGACUAGAGACGACAGCAUCACCUUCUCCCUGCUGCUCGCACGACCUGACAUAGAGAACGAACCUCCGGGGGACCUGGAGGAGCUGGGUUUGGAGCUGGGCCAGCCCGGCCUCUACCCCCUGAGGAGGUCAGGGGAGGACGACGUGGGUGACCUAGAGGGAGGAACGACUCCUGUCCUCACCCUCAGUCCAGCAACUCUGUGCAACAGCCAGGAAGUAGACAGCGGCAUGGGGCACACAGACCAGAGCACCCACAACGCAGAGUCCUCUGAACACGACCUUCUGGGGGACGACCACACCAGUGCCCCCGACACCAACACCACCAACACCCCAGGGAGCACCAGGAAGUUCCGGCCCGGCCACACUCCCCCAUCGCCCCUGCUGCUCCGCCCGGAUAUCCACCUCAGCAGUGACUCCCUGCCUGGAAUGGGCCUGGGGACACGAGUCGUGGGCUACGUCCCUGACCCACUGAUGAUGAUGAUGCCUGGGCUGACGGAGGAAGAGUGCGAGAGGUACAGGGAGCUGCUGGAGAUCAGGUGUCAUUGUGAGAAGAACAGAAAGCUGGCAGAGAGAAGCCAGAGAGAAGGACAAAGGGGUGGAGAGGUGGAGGAUGUCGAGCUGGGUGGAGACGAGGUCAGGGGUGACGCGGAGGUCAAUGAGAGCCUGACGCAGCACGAGAUGGUGUUGUUAGAUGAAGAACUGCGCCACCUGGAGUUCAAGUGCCGCAACAUCCUGAGGGCUCAAAAGAUGCAGCAACUCAGAGAGCAAUGCAUGAAGGCGUGGCUACUGGAGGAGGAGGCGGCGAGCCGCGGAGCGCCGACCCUUGAGUCUGUCUCCGCCCCUGACCACGAAACAUACCCAGAGCCAGCCCACGAACUCCACCGUGAGCUGUCCGACAUCAACGAGGUCCCAGAACGAGAGAGAUCUGACCCAGACCUGGACCCAGACCUGGACCCAGACCUGGACCCAGACCUGGACCCAGACCUGGACAAAGACAGCACCAGCGCCUACAACACAGGAGGGGAGAGCUGCAGGAGCACCCCAUUGGUCAGCACCGAGUUCCUCCCUCUCUCCCUGCCCAACCAGGGGGAAGAGAAAGGAGGGGACUCCAGCGUCUCUCCCCACCCAACCACCCGCAGACCCAGCCGAGACCGGGCUGACAGGGUGGGGUCAGGCCGGGGAGGGGAGAGGGGGGGACACGGAGGUCUGGAUGGUUCCUUCUCCCCCAACAGCUACAGGAAGUACCAGAUCCAGACAGCCAAUGCUAGCACUAGCCCCGCCCAUCCUAAAUUCCGGUCCCUGACCCGGGGAGGAGACGGGGUCACCGUGGGGUCAUCAUCACAGAGGGGGGGUGCCAAAGGCAGAACCACACACCCACUGAAGCCCCCCAGGACCAACCCCGGUGCCGCUCAUCACAACUGGACCGGGGGUCACAGCGCAGAGUCCAGCCCGUACUUCACCAGGCGGUACCACGCUGACCAUUCCCCAGUACCGGAGCGCUACCAGAGCUGCAUGCAGCUUCAGUCGUCCAAUCGGGAGUUUCUCGUGGACCCCCUGGAGCCGAGUGACAGAGCCUCGGGCCUGGAGGAGAGAGGAGCCGCAGCCGGCAGCAGCAGUCAGGCUAGCCCCUCGCGCCUCCCCCUCCACCUCCCCCUGCAGCUGGGGCCAGCCUCACCUCGUAUGGAGUGGAAGGUGAAAAUCCGCAGCGACGGGACGCGUUACGUUGCCAAGCGACCCGUGAGGGACCGUCUCCUGAAAGCGCGGGCCAAUAAGAUCAGAGAAGAGCGCAGUGGCAUGACGACGGACGACGACGCGGUCAGCGAGAUGAAACAGGGCCGCUAUUGGUCCAAGGAGGAGCGUAAACAGCAGCUCCUGCGAGCCCGGGAACACCGGAGGCGCCGGGAGAUCAUGAUGCAGAGCCGGCUGGACUACCUGAAGGGGGACAGGGAGCCCCAGGGAGACACCGGGGAGGAGAAGACUGCAGGAGGACCUGCGGGCCAGCAGGGGGCAGCACUGCCGGGACAGCCAGGAGGCAGUCCAAAUAUACUGGUCCUCAGCCAGAAGAAGAUCAUGAAGAAGAGGAGCCGGCGGAUCCUGGACAACUGGAUCACCAUUCAGGAACUUCUGGCCCACGGGUCCAGAUCGCCAGAUGGGAAGAAGGUUUAUAACCCCCUGCUUUCUGUUACCACAGUGUGAUGGGGGGAGUGGAGGAGGAAAGGAGGAGGAGAGGAGAGAAAGGGGGCAGAGACGUCGUCCCCCCCCACAUGGCACCCAUCUCAUAGACAAAUUUUUGCCUUCCUCCAGAAGCAGGUCAAUGACUCUGAUCUAGGAGGAAGAGGACGAGAGAGGACGACCAGAACUAUGAGCCAAUGGGAACAAUGGGGGAUGGUAAUGGAGAAAUAAUAAUAGAAAUCUUGUGUUUAAUUAAAGUAACUGCCCAGGGUUUCCAUUUCUGACAAUAUGACUGGAAUAGUUUUCCUUUCCAAGCUUAUUUCAAUUAUGUUAAAAAGAAGAGUUUCUGUGGUGAGAUGGUGUGGGUGUAUACCAGUUAUAAAUAUAUUCCUUUGAGCAGACAUCUGAUUGGCCAGAUCAUCUUCCCUAAACUGCUGACUGGCUAGUUGAAAAACUCCCCAGGAGAAUGAGGAAUAUUAUGUUAAAAGGUCUGGGCAGUUCCUUAACAAUUAAGCCCCAGACUGUGUGUCAUUUGGCCAUAUACCUUGCUUUAAACCUUGGCCAAGGGCUUUUUUUUUUCAGAUAACUUUUUAGGCCCUUAGGCAAUGUGAUUAGAACAGUUAAUAACGUAAUUAGAACAGUUAGAAAUGUAAUUAGAACAGUUAGAAAUGUAAUUAGAACAGUUAAAAUGUUGUUAGAACAGUAAGCCAGUCUUUUUGCAUCAUAUCUAUAAUAUAGUGUCUAAAAUGCCAUGGCUUUCAGCAAAUCAGCAUCCCAGACACAAUCCAUACAGUUUAUUAUGUACAUAACAGUGAGCUAUAAUUUCAAAAUGAAUAACGUUGUUUUAAGGGGAUUAGAAAGAGAAGAGAAAAGGAGUUACAUUGUGAUGUUGUGCACUGACUGUUAACAUACUGCCCGUCAAUGUGGGAUUAGUCCAUGGAAAUGUACCAAACCCCCCAUCUAGUGGGACUGAUGUGGAGAGCAAUCAAUUGGACUGUAAUGAUUUCAAUAGGAUACUUUCAGCCGGUCGUCUUGGAGAUACAACGACAUUAACAUGAAUGUGCUUACCUUAGAACAUGUACAGAGCACAGCUUCCUGCUUAGUCCGCUGCUUGCUGUUUUAGACAAUUGCGCUCUUUUUAAUGACUUUCCGAAACCAUGGGUUACCUAGGUAGUAAGAUAUAACCAUGGAAACCUGUCCAGAUAGAACCAUGGGAAUCGUGGGAGGUGACCUUAUCAAACCAUGUCAGGCAGACAAUUCUAAAUAACGGGUUGGAAAAGCAACAGCUUCAGGCCCCUUCUCUGUGCAGUGUGAAUGACUAGAGACCUGGAAGCCAGAGAGGAGAAAUCCACCUCAGAGUCAGUAACAAGCUUUGGGACUUUGGGGAGUGGAUUGUGGGGGGGGGGGGGUGCUACAUUUUUCCAAUGUAGCACCAGCGUACAAACACAAGGGAGAUGGCCUUGACACACAUAGAGGAGUGAGAGAGGGCGAAAGAAAAGCAGAAGAGGGAAAUGGGAAGAAAGAGAUGUGAUCUAUUGAUACAGAGGAGAAGGCAAGAUGGAAAAACAGGGAGAGAGAAAAAAGAACCUGACUUAAGCAACAGCACAGAUGAAUUGACAAUAUCCCAAAAUGAGAAAACAAUAUUUCAUUGUCAAAUCCAUCUUCGGGUUACAGGAUGUGUCACCAAUGGUAGGCUGUUUCCUAUUGGCCCUGGUUGAAAGAAGGGCCUUGUGAAGACCAGGGCUGCUUCUGGGAUGCCGAUUGAAUUCCCUAACUACAGUCCUGGUGAACAGUCCAUCCAUCAAGGCUUCUCUGUUGACUCAAUUUGUCAAACCGCUAAUAGGACAGGCUCGUAUGGCCAAACACUGGCAUGGUUUUCACAGAUGGAUCUGUACAUUCAUAGACUGAAGCACUCUAAAUUGUGUGUAUGUGUGUGUGUGUGUGUGUGUGUGUGUUUGUUUGUGUCUGAAGAACAGUUAUACCAGGAUUUAAAGAAUCAAAUUUUUUGUAAAAAAUGUCCAAUUUGUACCGACAUGUGUUUAACUGAAUGAGGGACCACUGCUUUGCAUUAUUAAGCUGCAUUAUUAACACUCUGUGGUUACCAUUAAAACCCCCAACAAUAUAUUUUCUGUCUUUACAAUAUUCAUCCCAUGUGCGUUACACACUUGCACUUAUGAAAAGUGAAUGCUAACCUGACUGGGUUUUAUAAGGAACCCAACAGAAACCAGUAUGGUCGUAGUUCUAGGUUUUCUACAUUACCUAAGGCCAGUCUGGUAGUAGUUCUAGGUUUUUCUACAUUACCUAAGACCAGUCUGGUAGCAGUUGUAGUUUUUUUUUACAUUACCUAAGACCAGUCUGGUAGCAGUUGUAGGUUUAUAAACUUACUGUAAGACCAGUCUGUGAGGAAAAUUGACCAUGGGAAUAAGAGCUGUGUAAAUAUUGCAUUGUGUUUUGAUUGAAUUUAGCCCUAAAUGUUAUGUGAUUUGAUCAUCAGUGUUUAAGAUUAAUUUCCUGUAUGAGUCUUUCUAUGUCAGUUUUGCUAUGUGUGACUUGAUGCUAGAUUCAACAUGUUAUGGAUCACACCAUAAUGGUGACUUCCUAUUUAGCCAAAAUGUUCAGCAUCUACAGUGACAUUCUACUUUAAAUUUAAAUAACUCUGUAUCAUUGAACUCCCAGGACACUGAUUGUAUACUGCCCAUAGUGUCAUAAACACAUACAUGGUGUUCUGUUGUUGAGAAAAAGCUCCAUCAAAACCUUUUAGAAUAAAAUGGUUUUAUAACGCGUGACCUUGUCUAUCAGCUCAAUCUUGAAUCUUUUUUUAAGGGAUACAAUUUCAAUUGGGACUCACAAAUGAGGAGACAGCUUAAGGACAACUAUCAUUUGGCUGAAAUACUCAUUUAAAAUUAUAUAAUCUAUUAUGUUGCCCAGAGAUAGUCACAGAUUAUUGUAAAAAAAAGAAUUGAUUGCGUCACCAGAUUUGUUACAGAUA